CAUUGUUAAGUCUGAACUGUGUAGAAAACUUCCUCGUAAUCGGACUCUACUUUCGAAAGUUAUCGUGUAAACGGCCGGACGGCCGGACAUACUGACCGAUUCUAGAGUGUACUCACUUUUUGAGUACACAAAAACAAAACAAUCAUAGAAUUUUUAUCUUCAAUUAAAAAAAUUCAAAUAUCUGGAAUAUAAACCUAACUAUCACAAGUUCUAUGUAUAUUGAUAUAAGAAAUACAAACAUUAGAAAGAAAAGAAAUUGUUUUAUUGUGUACUCAAAAAGUGAGUACGCUCUAGAAUCGGUCAGUAUGUCCGGCCGGCCGUUUACACGAUAAUUUUCGAAAGGAUAGUCCGAUCACGAUGAAAUUUUCUAUACAGUUCAGUCUUUACAAUAUCUCGGUCGAGUUCGAAGAUGAGAAGGAUUGGCCAAGCGGUUCCUGAGUUAUUGCAAAAAUACCCAUUUUUCCCUAUAGCUUCCCUAUGAAAAGAUCUACCCGUCCCCACUUUCGUAAAAGACUUUUCCUAUCAUAGUCAAUUAAAACCCCAACUAUUAUAUACCUAUAUACCAUUCGAUAGAGAAUUUCAAGAGCUACAAAAUGGUAUAUAAAACAUAAAGAAACAAGAAGGUUGACUCACCUAUGACAAAGAUAAUUAAAGAGAACUAGCUUAUAUCUUUGUCCACGAUCUAAUUGAGCCACAAAUAGAGCUCUAUCUUCCGAUCGCAGAGAUAAUACUUCGAUGUUUUCUGAGAUGGAGAACUCGAAUCUGCAUUGCGCUUCGAUCGAUAUACUGUUGGUUGAGCAGUAACUAAUAGAAAUCAAGUUAUAGGAAAAACGACUUUCUUAGGGUAAAUCAAGGGGAAGAGUUCAAAUUUGAGCUGUAUUCAGUCCCAAGUCCUAUUGGCUUGGCAAUACUCAAUAGAAAUCAACAAUUUAGAGGGUAGGUUCCCCAGUAUAAUCUUGAUGUUUACACAUUCUAGGAUGGCUAAUUCGUCUGAUUCACUUUUUGAAGUACACAUAACUCUCGGAUUUAAAUCCGAAGUUUCCGCAUUUAUUAAUUCUUAUUUUUGAUCAGAUUAGUUAGUGUUGUAUACUUAUUUUCUAUUCCAAGUGGACGAACACAGAAACAUAGUAUUGUAUAGUACAAGAGCUAUAAACUCCGUAAGAGUCAACCCGAUCUUCUGAGCGCAUUGCUCCGACUAGCGAUAAAAUAUUGUUCUUUUUCAAUUUUAAUAUCUAUGUUAGUGUCCAAAUUGAGAUUACGUUCAGUAUUGAGAUCGAUGACGAGAGAACCUUUCUAGAUGUCAAGCUACUUUUCGAUUAAGACGAUGUUUAUUUGAUGAGUACUAGUAAACAAAAGAAAAGUGUAGAAUGGUUUUGGUGUUACGAGUCUUCGCUCUUGAAAUAUCGAAAUAUUACUGAAUUCUUCAACAAAAAGCUAUGGUUUCCUCAGGUCACUCGAGAAUAUUGAAUAUCACGGGAUAUACGAAAUUAGAAAGUUUCAACUUGUCCAAUGAACUACUCUCAUUGAGAACUUUGGUCAUGCAAAAUUUGAAAUCAGAAGUCGAUUUCUCAAGAACGAAGGUUCGGAACAACAAAUCAUUCUAGACUUUUCUAUUUCUCAUUAAAUGAAGAUCGCCUCAAUCGACAACUAAUAUUAGGUUUGCAUUUACAAAAUGAUAAAUGUUUUCCUGCAAAGUUGUCCAUAACUUCGCGGAGUCAGAUUUUAACACAAAUUUCCCUUUCAAUCCAAUAUUGAACGCGUCCGGCCUAGGUAAUCUUUUACUGAGAAAGUCAAUUGUAAACAAAAUGAUCUACCGGCUGAUUGGAACAUCGAACUUGAAAAAUGAAGAUGCUGAAUUCAUCGUUGGAAUUUUAUGGCACUAAUAAAUUUUCUUUCUCAAAGAAUGACAACAUAACAUGAUAGAUUUUAUAUUGAAAUAAGUAGUUGGUAAUUAUCUUCCAUUUCGAUUCUUUUUGCUAUAAUUCGAGAAAAUGUGUAGUUAAUUUCAAAAUCAAAUAUUCGUCAUUUUUAUCGAACUUAUGUUAAGAAAGUGAAAGAGGCGUAGAAACUUUGUUUUUUCAUAUUUAAAUUCUUUGUAAAAUUAUAGAAUAUUAAAUCAUUAUUUUAUUCAACAUAAGAAUCAAGAGAGUAACAUCCUACAAGAGUUUUCGUUUAAUUGUUUUGCGCUAUAGUUUUCUUCUCUUAAAGAUUCCAUAUCACAUAUUCAAAUUAUAUUUUUGUGUUUCACCUAUUAAAUUUAGAUCGAUCUUCUUCUCUUAUUGGUAAAUACAAUCACAACAGAUAAUGAACUUAUGUCUGAUUAUUUUGAAUAUUUAACACGUACAUUAUCUGAAGCAUCACGUGAACGUAAUCAAUUAUUAUCUGAACGUCGUCGUGCACAAGAAGAAGAAAGUAAACAAAAAAAAUUACAAUUACAAAAUGGUGACAAUGAAAAAAUUUCAUCAAAAAAACAAUCGAAACUUGGACCAUUAAUAACACCAAAAAAUAGUAAUGGAACAACUAAUGAUGAAAAUCGACAAUCAUCACCAAUAGUUGGUGAUGAAAAUGGUGAUAUUGAUAAUGUUAAUGAUGAUGAUCUUAAAACUGUUUUACAACGACGACGACAAAUGGUUGCUAUGUCAAAAGAAUUAAAAGAAAAACGUGAACUUGAAGCACAACAACUUCAAAUUAAACAAAAACGUCAAUUAGCUAUUCAAAAAGCAGAACAAAUUUAUCGAGAUGCAUUUCUUAAUGUACAAUAUGGUUUUCGAAUAAAACCAUUAGGUUUUGAUCGAAAUUAUAAUCGUUAUUGGUUUUUUCGAGGUUAUCCGGGUUUAUUUGUUGAGAAAGGUAUGGUUAAAACUACGUUGAUAUUGUCAAAUAUUUCGAAUAUAGUCUUUAUAAUUUAA